AUGAUGGCUCCGGAGAACAACAACGAGAAGCUUGCCCAGACAUCUGAGGUAGACACAGAGCCACGGAGGAAGGCCAGCACCGAGUACAAGCGGCAUCCAGUGUACUCCCCAAACGAAUGGCUUCUGGAAUCCAUCAGUUCGAUUGUGGCCCUUGGCCUCCUUAUUGGGAUCGCGAUCAUCUUCUGGUAUAUGGACAACAAGCCUCUCUCUGCCUGGCGGGGCCGCGUCUCUCUCAACGCGACAAUUUCCAUCCUGACAACUGCAUGCACCACCGCGCUGAUGCACGGAGUAAGCACAUUCAUAGGACAGUUGAAAUGGCUUCACUUCAAGAACGGGCCUCGCAAGCUGGCUGAGUUUGAAACAUUCGAUGGCGCAAGCCGCGGUGUCUGGGGGUCUAUUCUGAUGCUCACCACAGUCAAGUGGAAUUUGGCCACCAUCGGGGCAUUCAUAACCAUCUUGCGACUGGCGUUCUCGCCCUUCGCGCAGCAGGUUGUGUUGGUUGAGCAGCGAGAUGUCAUCACCCCAGACAAUGCCGCCACGUUCGGAUACUCGUACAGCUACAGUCGGGAUUUACGGGCGUCGCUGGCAAACUCUGGCAUUGACAGCAUCCCCCAGGAUCCCGGUAUGCAGUCCGCCGUCUUGCAGGGCUUGUAUAAAAUCGACACCUCAGAACCAUUCCGCUGCCCCGGGGCAUGUCGCUGGACCGACUCAUAUAUAUCCCUCGGGUUCAAGGCUGAGUGCAGCAAUGUCACUGAGACAGUAUUACAGUCGAGGAACUGUUUCGAUGACGAAGAUGGCUGGGAGGUAUGCAACAUGACGACGCCCGCCGGGCUCGGGCUUUCGACUCGCUACUCGGCGACCAGCGCAGUGACGACCUUCGCCCUGAAUGCAAGCUCACUGCUGAAUCCGCCCUCAGAGCAAGAACUGCCCGAUGUCUGGCCUGAAAUCACGCGAUUCGCAGUCUACAGAGCGACGUCCGACUACAAUUUCCUAGCGAACGACAUCAACGUCACGGACUGCUCUCUCUCCCUCACGGCCUAUGAGUACUCCGGCGCAAAGGCCAACGGUAGUGACUUCUUUGCGAGCAGGCGGGAGGUCGACUUCGGCGUAAAGAACCCCUGGGCCUAUAGGACCACUGCAGGUGGAGGAUUACUCGCGCGCAUGUACACCAACGAGACGACGGACGGUGAUGCCAGGAUUCCUGCUCUUGAAAUGAGCUACGCCAGCAUCUCCGCGGUGGAGACUUUCUUCACGUCUCCGGCAAUUCUCUCCCAGUGGGUCGAAGGGGCCUAUGUCAAUACAAACCCGGGUGUCGCCGCUGCGCUCUCUGGCGACGUAGACCUCACCGAGCGGUUCCGUGGGAUGGCAACUGCCAUGACGAACCAUCUGCGGUAUGGCCCAAACCCGCAGACUGCCUACGGAGACAAAGUCGAGAGUGUACCAUUUGUUUCCAUCCGUUGGGGCUAUUUUGUUGUUCCAAUUUUGACGGAGUCGUUCGCAAUUGCGUUUGCCAUCUUGAGCAUUUUCAACAAUCGCAGGAGCCGCGGUAUUCCCAUGUGGAAAUCGUCGACGCUGGCCGUCCUGGCCUGUCAGCUCGAGGAGAGACUUGGGCUCCUAAAGGCUACGGACAAGGGCCUUGUCGAAAUCCAGGCCGAGGCUGAGAAAGCCAGUGUACGGCUACAAUAA